AUGGACAGAUGUGAGCAAGAGGAAUCGAACUGCACGGGCGAUGUUGGCACAUGUUACGAUUUCCAGUCUAUCGUUUGGUGUUAUUGUGGUAAAGGCUACCACAUGGUCAACAAGAGUUGUAUUGACGUUGACGAGUGCCAGCUGAACCUGCAUACGUGUUUUGACUACGAGCAGUGCAACAACUCGGUCGGUAGCUUCGGUUGUGAUUGCAAAAAGGGCUACAUGAAAGAUGAGGAGGACGAAAAUUGCAUAGACAUAGACGAAUGUUCAGACGGAGAGGCAGAGUGUCCAGACAAUUCGGUUUGCGUGAAUUUGGCGGGAAGCUUUGAGUGCUGGUGCUCCGCUGGCUUCAUGAUGGACACUGAUAACAAUACGUGUCGAGACGUAGAUGAAUGCCAGGAAUAUGCUGACGACUGCGAUCCACUGACCACAAGAUGCGUCAACAAUGAAGGUGAUUUUCAAUGCGAGUGUCGAACCCAUUACGAAAAGUACGAUGAUAAGCACUGUCUUGGGACCGGGAAUUACUCAUUAUGCAAUCAGGGCUACAUGGACUGCGACCUUGUGACGACGAAAUGCAUCGACGUCGGUCGCGGGUAUGAAUGCGAGUGUCUGCGCGAUAUCAACGAGUGCGUAACCUACCCCGAGUCAUGCCACCAAAACACGACAACGUGCGUCAAUACGUUCGGCUCUUUUUGGUGUAACUGUUUGCCUGGCCUCUACAGGAUAUCUACUAGAGAAUGUUCUGAAAGAGCAAAAGGAUAUAACAGGACAGACAGAGACUGGAAUCCAAAGAAGAUAGGGGUUUACAUUGCUUUCGCUGUGCUCAGCGUUUUGUCGUUAACGCAUGGCAUUUACUGGAUCAUAACUCAGGAAGUGUUAGAAGAGAUUAAUGAAAAAUAA